CGUAAUGACAUCACGAGGCCUGUGAGCGAAAAGCGGAAGAAAGGAGUAAAACAGCACCAGCGGCAGUUAGGACUUCUAGGAGAUCCUCGUUAGCAUUUCACCGGUUCGCUGUCACAAAGUUCCGCUGGGUUCCGUGUGUUCACAGCCGAACAGGCGCAUUUUAAUCCGAAUCACACAAAAUGUCGCUGUUUGGUAAGAUAUUCGGCACCGGAGGAGGGAAAGGAGGGAAGGGACCGACUCCCCAAGAGGCGAUCCAAAAACUCCGGGAAACGGAGGAGAUGUUGGCCAAAAAACAAGAGUUUCUAGAGAAGAAGAUCGACCAUGAGCUGCUGACGGCGAAGAAGAACGGCACGAAAAACAAACGAGCGGCUCUCCAGGCCCUAAAGAGGAAAAAGCGCUAUGAGAAGCAGCUGGCCCAGAUUGAUGGGACAUUGUCUACCAUCGAGUUCCAGCGGGAGGCGCUAGAGAACGCCAACACCAACACGGAGGUGCUGAAGAACAUGGGCUUCGCUGCCAAAGCCAUGAAGGCCGCACACGAGAACAUGGACAUCGACAAGGUGGACGACCUGAUGGCGGACAUCACGGAGCAGCAGGAGCUGGCGCAGGAGAUCUCUGAUGUCAUCUCCAGACCGGUGGGCUUCGGGGAAGAUUACGACGAGGAUGAGCUGAUGGCGGAGCUGGAGGAGUUGGAGCAGGAGGAGCUGGAUCAAAACCUGCUGGAGAUCGAAGGAACAGAAGACGUGUCUCUGCCCAGCGUCCCGUCCACGUCGCUUCCCUCUCAGCCAGCCAAGAAGAAGGUGGAGGAAGACGAGGACGACAUGGCCGACCUGGAGGCCUGGGCGGCCAACUGAGCGGGGUUUCCCUAGCAGAGCAGCAGGGUCUGUAGGUUGCUGAUGCUGCUCUGCGUCCCAGCUUCUCUUCCUGCUGAGCGACCUCUGACCUCUGCUCCCUCUGAGUGAAACAAAAUGUCCUCCAGGAGCCUGAGGCUACCCUGUGUUUGUGGAAAUGGUGUGUGUGGAUGUGUGUGUGUGUGUGUGUGUGUGUGGGUGUGUGUGUGCAUGUGUGUGCAUGUGUGUGGGUGUGUGUGUGCACGCGCAGCAGCAGCAGGACCAGGCUUGUUUUACAGCAAUGUGAAGCAUCAACUCGUGUACAGAAAGUGGCGCGGCGGCAGCCAUCUUGCUGCUGUCCAUGUUCCUGUCAGUCUGCUGCGCUGCAGAGAUGAUGAACCUGUUUCUGCUGAAUGUUUUAGGAACGUCGGAUUGGUACUGAACCGUGAUCCACAGAGUACUGAAGGAGCGUUUUUCUCCUCUUGCACAGCUGGAGUUUAAACCUUCGCUGCUUCGCUUCAGCCACACCUUCAAGUCUUAUUUUCCUUAAAGCAAUUUGGAAGAAAACAUGAAAAAUUUUGUUGCCUUUCAAGAGUUUAAAUAAUCUAAAAUGUCACACACAUCCCUGAAACAGACUUGUUGCAUCAACCAACUACUUAAAUGUUGUGUAUUUAGCUCAGUGAUUUCAUCAACAACCGGAAUGUUCUGCAGGAAGAACUCGCAGCGUUCUGCUCUGAGCUGCUGCUCUUCUCGCUGAGUUAAUCUCCUCAGAUUGCUGAACGGUUUGGGAUUAAAUGAGACUAAGGUGAACUCCUGAAGGGAGGUUUUCUGUUUCAGCUGUAGAUUGAUAAAUUGAUGUUUGAUCUGUUUCUGAUUGGCCUGCUGCUCUGCUGAAUGAAACGUGCCUGACACCUCCUGCGCCUUGUGGUUUGCGCUUUCCUAACGACUGGCUUUAUGUGUAACUCUGCUCCAGCACUCACUGACGGACCCGAUAGGUUCUGGUUCUGACUCGGUCUUCCUGCUGAAAUCACCAUGGAAACGAGCUUCUGCUCCCUGCCGGGCUGCAGCCUCUCCUCCUGCUUGUCAGAUCCAAACUUUGAUAAAAGCGUUGCAGCUCUUUGUAUUUAUAAUAAGUAAAAAGCUCCAACAUAUGCUGGGAUUACUUUACCUCAGAUGUCGUCAUGCUCUUCCUGAUUGCGCUGGUUCUGGACUUUAUGCGGCGCAAACAGUUUCACUGUUACUACAGCACAGGUAACCUGAAUAAAGUUUGGAUACUAUGACUUGUAAGAAUUGCUGAUUCUCUAAAUAAAAGAAUUAGAUUUUUAUGCUUUUUCUCAA